CUCCCGAACAAGCCUCUGCUCCUCCUCUUCCACCAAAGUCCCACUGCACGCCGGGAGGGAGGCCGGAGAUGCUGCUGCACAGGCACAAGUUCCCGCUCCUCUGCUGCGCCUGCGGUGGCGAUGGCGUCGUCGCCACCCGAGGCGCCGCCGUCGAUGACCAGCAGCAGCAGCCCGGCGGCAAGGUCGGCGCCAGGCAGCUGUCGUGGGCGCAGGUGGAGGCCAUGACGGCGGGCUUCACCUCGGCCGUCGUCGGCGAGGGCGGCUUCAGCACGGUCUACCUCGCGCGCCUCGCCGGCUCCGGCUCCUCCCAGCUCGCCGCCGUCAAGGUGCACCGCAGCAGCGAGCGCCUCCGCCGUGCCUUCCGGCAGGAGCUGGACGCGCUGCUCCGCGUCCGCCACCCGCACAUCGUCCGCCUCCUCGCCUUCUGCGACCAGCGCGACGAGGGCGUGCUCGUCCUCGAGUUCGCGCCUAACGGCAGCCUGCACGACCACCUCCAUGGCCGCGACGGCGAAGGCAGCAAGGCCGCUCCCGCACCCACUAUGCCGUGGGCGCGGCGCGUGGCCGUGGCGCUGCAGGUGGCCCGCGCGCUCGAGUACCUCCACGACCGGUGCGAGCCGCAGGUGGUGCACGGCGACGUGAAGGCCUCCAACGUGCUGCUGGACGCGGCCAUGGGCGCCCGCCUCUGCGACUUCGGCUCCGCGCGCGCCGGGUUCUCGGCCUCCGCGGCCGUCCGGACGCCGCGCGCCGUGCAGGGCUCGCCCGGCUACGUGGACCCGCACUACCUCCGCUCCGGCGUGCUCACCAAGAAGAGCGACGUGUACAGCCUCGGCGUGCUGCUGCUCGAGCUGCUCACCGGCACGCAGCCCUUCAGCGACGGCCGGCUCCUUACGUCCACCGUGGCGCCCAUGAUCAAGGCCGGCUCGUGCUCGUGCUCGUGCGACCAAGUGCAUAAGCUCGUCGACCAGAGGCUUGGGUGCCGGUACGACGCGGCUGAGGCGGCGACCGUGGCGACGCUGGCGGCGGCGUGCGUCGGGGACAACCCGGCACUCCGGCCGUCCAUGGCCGACGUGGUCCGGACCCUGGAGCAGAUCUCGGCCGCCGGGAGACGAUCGGACUGUGUAAGUGUAACCAAGCCGUGAGCCGCGCGUGCGGGGCAAUGAGGAGAUAGAGACGAUCCGACGUGGCGAGCAUCGUGAGCGUAGGAUGGCAUAGAUGCUUCCCUCCAAAAAAAAAAAAGGAUGGCAUAGAUGCUGUGUCGUGGAUCGAAUCCUCCCACCCGCAAAGCGAAGCAAUUGGGUUUGGUGAGGACAAGAAAUCAAAUAAGAAUGGUUGGUUUGGACA